ACUCCAGCCCAAUUGUUUUCUUCUGUCUAGUGGAAAGCGUCUGUCACCAGCGAUGUCGGAAACAGCACCCGCAGCCGCGCCUGAUGCCUCUGCCACCGCCGCCAAGGCCCCCGCGAAGAAGGCGAAGAAGGCGGCGAGCGGCUCCAAAGCCCGCAAGCCCGCGGGGCCCAGCGUGACCGAGCUGAUCACCCAGGCCGUGUCCGCCUCCAAGGAGCGCAAGGGGCUGUCCCUGGCCGCCCUGAAGAAGGCGCUGGCAGCCGGCGGCUACGAUGUGGAGAAGAACAACAGCCGCAUCAAGCUGGGGCUCCGGAGCCUGGUGAACAAGGGCACCCUGGUGCAGACCAAGGGCACCGGCGCCUCGGGCUCCUUCAAGCUGAAUAAGAAGCCGGGCGAGGUCAAGGAGAAGGCGCCCAAGAAGAAGACGGCGGCCAAGCCCAAGAAGGCGGCGGCCAAGAAGCCCGCCAGUGCGGCCAAGAAGCCCAAGAAGGCGGCGGCCGUGAAGAAGAGCCCCAAGAAAGCCAAGAAGCCGGCGGCCGCGGCGGCCAAGAAGAGCGCGGCCAAGAGCCCCAGGAAGGCCAAGGCGGCCAAGCCCAAGCGGGCCGCCAAGAGCCCGGCCAAGGCCAAGGCGGUGAAGCCCAAGGCCGCCAAGCCCAAGCCCAGCAAGCCCAAGGCAGCCAAGGCCAAGAAGGCGGCGCCCAAGAAGAAGUAAAGCGAGCGGAGGAAGACGCCUGUCGUGCAAACAACCCCAACGGCUCUUUUAAGAGCCACCCACCCCUUCCUGAAGGGAGCUGCGACUCUGGGAUGGCUGAGAAAUCCCCGCUGGACUUUUUUAAUGAAGUUUUUCUCUCUCUGC